CGUGAUACUUCUACCCUAUAGUUUUACCAGAAGCGGUGAAUCUUCGUUGACAUAAGCUGACUAUAAAUAGAGCAAACCCGGGUGUUGUACCGCACAGAUUUUCUGCGUGGUGUGGAAGAAUACGUGAGUGGUGAAAAUGCCUGAUCCAGCAAAGUCUGCUCCGGCGCCCAAGAAAGGCUCUAAGAAAGCGGUGACCAAGACCCAGAAGAAGGAUGGGAAGAAGCGUAGGAAGAGCAGGAAGGAGAGUUACGCCAUUUACGUCUACAAGGUGCUGAAGCAGGUGCACCCUGACACCGGCAUCUCCUCCAAGGCUAUGGGCAUCAUGAACUCCUUUGUCAAUGACAUCUUUGAGCGCAUUGCCGGAGAAGCUUCCCGCCUGGCUCAUUACAACAAGCGCUCGACCAUCACCUCCCGGGAGAUCCAGACCGCCGUACGCCUGCUGCUGCCGGGAGAGCUGGCCAAGCACGCCGUGUCCGAGGGCACCAAGGCUGUUACCAAGUACACCAGCGCCAAGUAAUCAUCCCCUUCUCUGACCCACAUCAACACAAAGGCUCUUCUAAGAGCCACCCA